UCUAAAAUCUCCCCGUCGCCAAAUACGCCUCUCACCACCGCUCUGUGGCGGUUUCAUCUUCUAUUUCCUCCUGUUUAUUCCCACUCACCUCUAUUCUGCGGACCUCUCCUCGUCCUCCAGUUCAUCGCCUGACCCCCCUCUUGCCUUCCAGUUUCCAACAGAUCAGAAAUUUCAACAAGGUGAUAUCAUUAUUAAGAAGUUUGCACGUUCCUUCUUCUUGAUAAAUGGAUGAAUCUGAGAAAAGAAAGGAAAGGUUGAAAGCAAUGCGCAUGGAAGCUGAAGUGUCUAAUGACGUCGAGACUUCUGAAAUGCCUGGUUGCCUUUCGAAUCCAUUGAUCGAGACACCAUCGACUAUGCAGGAUGACUUUGGAGAAGCUCCACGUUUCGACUACUAUACUGACCCUAUGGCAGCAUUUUCUGCUAACAAGAAGAGGAGCAACAUUCAUAACCAGACUGUGCAACAAUCUUUUACAUCGCCUACUAACAGUGGUUGGCACGCACCGUCCCAUCCCGGACCAAGGAACUUCGAUAGGGACUUCCCUGUCCAUCAGAUGCAAAGCCAAUUUUCGCAUGCUCAAGGUGUAUACAACCAUGGUCCAUACAACCCAAGAAUAAGAAGUCCUUCACUCAUGUAUCAAGGCCAAUCUGGUGCUUGGAAUGGAUCACAGGCAACUGAUCAUUAUAACUUAGUUUCUGAUGGAACACCGAGAGGAAUGUUUGGUAAUCCUCCCAGGCAUCCUGGAACUUCUCAAAGGGUCGGGAAUCCUUCUAAUACAUCAACUUAUGGUAAUUUGCCCAGCCCUGGCAUUUCUCUAGCGGAUGGACCUAGCGUCAACUACAGAACAGCCAGGCCUCAAAUGUUUGUUAACAGACCAAUCCUUGAUCAAGGAUCUAGAGGUAAUCAUUAUUUCAGUCCAGGAAGAGGCAGGAGUCGUGGAUACAGUGGGAGCAGCACUCCUUGUUUAGGAAGAAGUGUAGGACGAGGACAAGGCUUUUGUGGUCGUAGCUCAGCAUCAAACAGGAUAUUAGGGCCAGAGAGUUACUUUGAUGAAUCCAUGUUGGAAGAUCCUUGGCAGCAUUUACAACCUAUUCCAUGGAAAGGACAAGAAGCUGGAAUGGAUAGUUCGAGCACUCUGGGCACUUCAAAUUCCUGGAUUCCGAAAUCCAUUGGCCAAAAGAAGGCAAAAGUUUCAGAGGCUUCUUCAAACAAGUUUAACUCUCAACAAGUUUUUGUUCUGUUGGUAAAAUUCUUUUGUCAUGCAUGA